AGUAGUGACCGGCAAGGCGAGUGUGCUUCAAUUGAGUGCGGUAGCGGCGGACUGUGUUGUGCUGGCCCGAAACCAUACGACCGGGGACACAUGUGAACUACAAGGAAUAUGGCAGGCGCGAAAUCGGGCGUUCACGUGCUGCAGCUCAAGCCCAUCAGUGUGCCCAAGAGCCUGCAAGACGGCAACAAAUUCGUCAAGUGGGACGACGACUCAGCGCUGGGCACGCCGGUAACGCUGCGAGUGGACAACAAUGGAUUCUUCCUUUACUGGACGGAUCAAAACAAGGAGACAGAGUUCCUGGACAUAUCCAGCAUCCGGGACACGCGAACGGGAAAGUACGCCAGGACGCCAAAGGAGGGCAAGCUGCGUGACUCUGUGUCCAUGGGUGCACCGGACGUGCCUCUGGAGGAGAAGACAGUGACUGUGCUGUAUGGACCCGACUUGGUGAAUGUGAGCGCCAUCAGCUUCUGUGGAACGAGCCGCGAAGUGGCGCAGCUGUGGUGUGACGAACUCCUCAGCAUGGCGUACAACCUGCUUUCCCUAAACGCGCCAGCCGCCACCUUCCUGCAGAAGGCACACACCAAAUUGCUCUUGUGCACCGACCGUGAGGGUCGCCUGCCCGUCAAGAGCGUGCUGCGCAUGUUUGCCCAGCACCGUGACGACCGUAAGCGUGUUGAGCGUGCACUCGAAGCUGUCGGGCUGGCUGCCGGCAAGAACGACACUCUGGCGCCCGAGCGUCUAAGCCUCGAUGUCUUCCUGCGCUUCUACCGGCACUUGGUGGGACGUCAAGAGGUGGACCUCAUCUUCGACCAGCUUUGCGGUAGCUCCAAAAAGAAGGCAAUGACAGUGGACCAGCUGGUGGACUUUCUGAAUAAGGAGCAGAGGGACCCAAGGCUCAACGAAAUUUUGUACCCUUACGCUAACCCCACUCGUGCCAGAGACAUUAUAGCCCAGUACGAGCCAAACAAGAGUUACGUGGGCAAGGGUCUCUUCUCAGUGGACGGCUUCUUGCGCUACCUGAUGAGUGCUGACAACCCUAUCGUAUCGCCAGAGAAGUUUGACCUGAGUAUGGACAUGGACCAGCCCCUGAACCACUACUUUAUCAACUCAUCUCACAACACGUACCUCACUGGGCAUCAACUCACUGGCAAGUCUUCAGUGGAGAUGUACCGCCAAUGUCUGCUGGCGGGCUGUCGCUGCGUGGAGCUUGACUGCUGGACGGGCCGUAACUCGGACGAGGAGCCGAUUGUGACGCAUGGUUACACAGUGGUCACCGAAAUCCUUCUCCGGGAGGUGAUCGAAGCCAUUGCCGAGAGUGCCUUUAAGACCUCCGACUUUCCCGUCAUACUAUCAUUCGAGAACCACUGCUCGCCCAAGCAACAGGCUAAGAUGGCCACAUACUGCCGCAAGCUGUUCGGCGACAUGCUGAUGACCGAGCCGCUGCCGUCGCACCCUCUGCGUCCAGGACAGCCUUUGCCUUCGCCUAAACAGCUGCUGCGUAAGAUUAUCAUCAAGAAUAAGAAGAAGCACCACCAUGCACGACACCAUCCUCACACUGCUGGAUCCAAGCCCUCUUCAGCUGCGGCUACGGCUAUGGCUGCAGCCACUGCUGCUGCAGCAGUGCCGGUUGAAGAGGAGGAUGAUGAUAUCUCGUCGCCGCUGGAUCUGGCUGCUGUGCCACAAGUUGACACUGGAGAGCUAAAUGGUGAAGCCAAGGGCAUUGGCUCGGAGGUGGAGGAAUGGGAAUCCGACUCCGGCACAGAAGAAGAAGAGGUCCCGGACCGGUCAGCCGAAGACCAGAAUGAAGGCACCGCUGCAAAGGAGUCCGAGGCUGUUGCAGAAAUGUCUGCGCUCGUAAACUACAUUCAGCCAGUGCGAUUUCACUCCUUCGAGCACACCGAAAAAAGGGAUCGCAGUUACGAGAUCUCAUCGUUUGUUGAAACCCAAGCCACGAACUUGCUCAAGGAACACCCUGUAGAAUUCGUCAAUUAUAACAAGCGCCAGCUGAGUAGAAUAUACCCAAGCGGCACUCGCGUCUCUUCUAGUAACUACAUGCCACAAGUAUUUUGGAAUGCAGGCUGCCAACUGAUAGCUUUAAAUUUUCAAUCACUAGAUCUAGGAAUGCAGCUGAACCUGGGAAUUUUCGAGUUCAACGGGCGCAGCGGAUACCUCCUCAAGCCAGACUUUAUGCGGAGGGCUGAUCGCAAGUUCGAUCCCUUUACGGAGUCUACAGUUGAUGGCAUAAUUGCCGGAACUGUUUCCAUCAGGAUAAUCUCUGGUCAGUUCCUGACAGACAAGCAUGUGGGCACGUAUGUGGAAGUGGACAUGUUCGGCCUUCCAGCUGACACUGUACGGCGGCGUUUUCGCACCCACACUGUGCAAGCGAAUGGCAUCAACCCUGUCUACGAUGAAGAACCAUUUGUCUUCAAGAAGGUUGUUCUCCCGGACUUGGCUGUUCUGCGCAUUUCGGCGUGCGAUGACAGUGGGAAGCUGCUGGGGCACCGCAUCCUGCCUGUGGUGGGGCUACGUCCGGGCUAUCGGCACAUCUCUCUGCGCAAUGAGUCAGGUCAACCGUUGCUGCUGCAGACCCUGUUUGUGCACGUCACUGUCAAGGACUACGUUCCUGAUGGUCUUUCGGAGCUGGCUGACGCCUUGGCUAACCCCAUCAAGUACCAAUCCCGCAUCGAAAAGCAUGCCACGCAGCUACGUGCACUCACAGAUGACGACCUGGAUGAGGGUGCUCCUGCGAGCGAAAGCCGCAGCCCUUUUCAGACAGUGGCACCGCAAGUAAAGGCUGAAGCAUCAGCAACUAGCUCCGUGCCACAGCCGCACCAGCAUGUUGCCACUGGGACUUCCUCAACACAACGUGCAGGUGCAGAAUUCCAAGUUACCACUGCUGUAGAUUCCAUGGAUGGUGGGCUACCAGCCUCAGCACUCAAUGGUGGCAUUCAGCGGAGUCCUGCUACUAAUCUGGCUAGGCAAGACACAUUGAACCGCAAGCUGGACCAAACAGUGCGGAGCCUAUCUGAUGAGGGAACACAGGAAAGAACAUUGUCAUUAUUGGAAUCUGCCGAGGCAAACCUUUUGGCGGAGCCUCUGACCAAGCUGCGUGAGCACAAGUCUGUGCAAAAGGUGCAGGCAAAGCUGGAAAAGGAACUGGGAGGUCUGCGCAAGCGCUUCGAUAAGCUGCGUGAGAAGGAGCGUGAGGGCCAGCUUCAGCGGGCUGACAAGUUGACUCAGGCAGCUGAAAAGCACCGCGCCCAGCUCUCCAAAUCACACUCAAAGCUAGGAAAAAAGUUCUCAUGUGGGGAUGUCAUGGCAUUUAAACAGCAGAAUGAAUCACAGAUCCAGACAUUGGAUGCCGAGCACAAAGCAAAGAAAGAGGAGCUGCAGCAGAGUCACAACCUAGCCAUGAUGAACAUUACCAAGGACCAGUACCGAGCUGAAAUGGACGUUCAACAUAAGUACAUGGAUUCGCUUUUCAGCGCCAUGGAAAAAGCGAUGCAAGCCUCUCAAGCGGCACAGAUGCAGAUCCUGCAAAACCUUCAUGACAGGGAGGUGAGUGAGCUGAUGAAGCGGCUAGAAGCGCAGACGAAAGAGGAGAUGCGUAACCUCAACAAAAAGCACAAGGACAAGAAUGAACUAGACAGGAUAAAACGGGAGUUGCAGCAGAAGAUGAUUGGCGAAGCAGUUUCAGAGCGGCAACGGAUCAAAAGCUUGCUGGACAAGAAGAAAGCCGAGCUGGAAAGGCAACAUGAAGAAGUGCGUAAAAGCUUGGAGGAAGAAAAGAGCCAGGCUGCGCACAAGUGCAACCAGGAGUAUGAGCGCAAGUGCAGCGAGCUGGACAGCUCCCUCAGCCAGAACCCCAACCUGUUUGCCAUUGCUGAGCCGAGCGACCUGCGACGCCAAAGCACUGCCCUCUAGCCUCCAGCUGGAGAUUUCCGCACACCGGUGCCUCAAUGGGAUUCCCACCCUCUCCUCACCACCAGCCAUGGUGACCACCGUUUUAGCACUCGAAGGGUCAGGUGACCAGGCGGGUGAGCCCUCAUGACAGCCUCGAGCACAACAAAACAGCUCAAAACAGAAGGUAUAGUCCCAGUGUGCUUUUUGGGAUGCUUAAAGAGUUUACCUGAGUUUUUUGCUGCUGUAAACAGUUAGGGCGAAAAUCUUUCAUGUCGCAUAGCCUCACGUGCAAUAUGCCCCAAAGCAGCAGCUACACAGUAUAGUACAACUCUGUCACUUGAUUGCUUUCGGGGUGUAGUGACACACCCUUGAGUGCGUAAUGAAGUAAACAUUGAACGUCUGUUCUUGCUGUUCUUAGAACAGCAUUUCAAUUGGCGGGGCUGUGUGACACUUCACUCUCACUGUAUUGCUUUUUAAACAUUGUGAAACCAAGUUGAAAGAUGGGUGACUAUCGCUUUGCUGCAAAAUGUUCCAGGACUUAGCAAGUGUGCACUGAGUGUUGUAAAGCUCAUAUUAAGAAGCUAUAGAAGUCCAUUUUCACAUUACCUUAAAAUAAUUGCCUUUCAGCGUGAUUUUGAGUCAACACUCACAAAUAUUGCUGGAGGAGUUGAUGAGUGUUUCAUUUUUUUUUUGCCAAUGCAUACUUUUCUUUAGAGCCGUAGUACAAAUUUUCAUUCUGAUACAAUUCUAUUUUGAGAGAUUGUGAUUUUCUGACCACAAGCGUAUGCCUAAUGUCAAUUAUGCUUCUAUGUCCUUAUGCAUUUCGAACAACUUCCUGUGGUCAGAGCCUUGUUAUAGGACUGCAGAAGAAGGAAAUGGUUUUUGAAGAACCUAUAACCUUUUUAGUGUUCCUUGGCAUGAGCAUAUUCUAAAACUUAUUCUUAGGAUGGCUUUCAGCAUGUCAUGAUAGCUUGCAACAUCAAGCGUUGCAGGAUUUCUUCUGACUCAUUAGUGUUCGUAUUCCACACAAGAUUGUGCAAUGGCAGUCUAUGCUGAAAUGACUUCCUAAAAAUAAUGUUAUAAUCUGUAAGUUUUUUGCCUGGCAUGUACGUAUAAUUUAUUUCAUUCAUAAAACUUACUACCUAUAUGGGCUCACCUCUUCCUGAAGUUUUGCAGUGAAUGAUUUAGCUAAUGUGUGCAACAUUCAGUGAAUCCUGUUGUUUAUCAGAUUGCAGACCAUCCUGUGCAGCUGCUGCUCAGGGGCCAUAUGUACAAAAGAGGUGUGUCAGUACUUAGGACUUGUCUGCUGGUCAUCUUUGCCUCUCACUGUGUCUUCAUUCCUUCUUUGCCUUAGGUCAGAUGGCCAAGUGUUCGCACAUGCUCUCAUAAUUUACCUGAUUUCACCCAUGUUGCUAUGGUUGGUUGUUGAUGUUUUGAUGACUUGCAUGCACAUUUACGUGUGGCAGCACAAUGUCUACACAUUUUAUCUAGAAAACAUGAUGCAAAUCUUGACGCCAUAUGUUGUACCAGGUACAACAGCAAAAAAGAUGCACAUCGGGCCAUCUACCGAUAGCGGCUGUGCUUGCUGCAUUACGGUCUCUCACCAUUGUCACGGACAUGUACUUUAUUAUGUAGCAUUUACUGACUAAAUUAUUAUCUUGUAUCUAAUUUUUGAAUUGAAGCGUUGUUAUGACGGUUGUAAAAUUGCAUUGUCAUGCUGUUUUUAUUGUUCUUUGUUUACAUAUGCACUAUUUUGCUGUAUUGGCUGGUUUUCUCAUUUUCUGCCAGCAUAAAAAGCAAAUUGAGAACUAGUGGUUAUACAUGAGCAAAAGUAAUCUGUUUUCAGAGAAUAAGCAAGAAAAAUAAAUUACAAUCACUGAUCACAAGCAUGGCACAUAUGCACCCAGUGCUGGCACCAAUGACCACGCAUUCUACUUCCCUCGGCCACACAUAAGCACUCAGCCUUGCCUCUUGUCUGGUUGAUGUUUGCCCACAUGCACCACCUCUACCAUAGUUUUCAUGCUGUCUGCACUCUUAAGUAUGUCCAGCUUCGUGAAAGGAGUGCAGGGCUAAAGCAGAGCAUUAUGCCAACCGAAAAGCAGGGUACCAAAGAUAGCACUGUUUCACUGAGCAAGCAAUCUCCGCCUUGUAUGGUGCUGUGUGCUGACGCUUAAGGCUACAUGUUGUGGCAGGGCACGCAAGCCAGCACCGUAAUAACUUCAGGGUCUAUGUACUAGCUUAUGCUUUUAAUUCAACAGGGGUUGCAUUUUGUAAUCUUAAUACAGGAGUUUGUCUCUGCUCACACAAACUCUGUCAAGGUUAAUGGUUUCACAGGACGUAUCAGUCAUAGCAUACUCGUCUGCACAGUAACAGUGUCACAAAAUUCGUUAUGAUGGUCAUUUGCUGUUCUAGACACUGUAAAGCUUCACAGUGCAAGCUUAGUGCGUAAUCUGGAAAUUAUCAAUUCGCAGUAUUUCAAAUGAGCGAACUUAGUGACAGUAUUAUUCAUACUGAUGAAUGCAGCUAAUUAAAGUAGUUAACAAUGAGCAUGUUGAAUUUUGUGGCAAGAACUAUGUAUCAGUCAGAGCCAUACGUUAUCAAGUAUCAGCUGAUAUUUUGCUUAUGCUACAGUACACCACAGGGGUGGUGUACUGUAAUUUCAAUGCAGGAGUUUGUUACUGCUCAUACAAACUCUGUCAAGGUUAAUGGUUUCAGAGGCCACAUCAGUCAUAGCAUACCCACCUGCAGAGUGACUGUGUCACAAAAUUCGUUACGAUGAUCAUUUGCUGUUCUAGACAGUGUCAAGCUACACAGUGCAAGUUUAGUGUAUAAUCUUGAAGUUAUAAAUUCACAGUAUUUCACAUGAGCGAACUUAGUGACAGUAAUAUUCAUACUGAUGGAUGCAGCUGAUUGAAGUAGUAAACAAUGAGCAUGUUGGAUUUUCUGGCAAGAGCUAUGUACCAGUGAGUGUCAUAUAACAUUCUGUAAAGCACUAUCAUUGUUAAUCGUUUUUUUUUUCUUUCUUUUUUCGGUUUGCAAUUUUAAUACAAUUCCCUGUCUUAAACAUGAAGUAACAUUCAGGAUAUAAUUAGAAUAUCUUGUAGCUUGAAAAGGCAACAGAAAAUCAAUGUGACCUAAGCAAAUUUUUUGUUUCUUGCUUUUUCAAACAUAGCAGUUUUUAUUUAAGCCAUUUGCAAUGCUUUUCUAUAAAAAUACAAAGUUGGAAAUAAGAAGCUUACAGGGUCUC